UCAGGGCACCUCCCCACUGGCUUCCCGAAUCCUGCCCGGUGCGACCCGAGGGGGACGAUGGAAAAACCAGCCGCGCUCUGAGCCCCUCAGGAAGAUAACACCCUUCCUGCCUUAACACCCCAUCGUCCUGCGGAGACCACACCUCGUCCCCUCCACGUCUCCAUCUCCGAGAGCGGGGCCGAGCUGAAAAGCGAGGGAUGGCUGACAACCUGAAGAAACUGGUCUGUAACGAAUCGUUACGAGCCAUGCACGAUAAACUGGAGUGCUGGCUGAGGGAGUACAACAUGAACUCAUGUGAUCAAAAUCUAAAUCAUUGCCUCGAACUCAUUGAACAAGUUGCCAAAGUGCAGGGACAACUCUUUAGGAUCCUCACUACAGCAGCCCAAGAAGGAGGACAUAAUGAAGGUGUGGAAAUAAUCAAAUCACGCCUUUUGCCUUGGCUGGAGGCCUCCUUUACUGCUGCUUCCCUGGGAAAAUCUGUUGACAGCAAGGUCCCAUCUCUACAGGACACAUUUGAUAAGGAGAAACAGAAAGAGUCUGGUAUUCGGAAUUGGGACAUGCAUCAAGUGGACUCAGACUUGAACUCAACUCGAAAUCAACUGAACCAGUUUCAAGACGAGCUUAAAUCUCUUCAAGCCCAAGAGGAAUCCCGCCACAGAAACUCAGAGCAAAGAAGCUCAGAGCACAGGAGCUCAGAGAAGCGGGGUUGGGAGCCUAGGAGCUCAGAGCAGAGGAAAGCGGAGCCGCGGGGCCUGGAUGAGAACAGCGCCGACAAGCGGGGCGCAGACCAGCGCAGCGCGGACGUGAUAGCCGAUUACGAGAAACAGCUCCGAACUCUGAAGGACGAGAUAGCUGUUCUGUCUGCGGAAAAAUCUGUACUCCAAGGAAGGUCCGCCAGGAGCCGGUCUCCGAGCCCCGCCCGUCGCAGCCCGGCCCGUCGCAGCCGCAGCCGGUCACUCAGCCCCGGCACCGCAGUGGUGAAGAUCCGAAGCCCGUCCCCGAACGGCGCCAAACUCUCCAAUGCGGCGCGCAAGGCUGCGCUGCUAUCCCGGUUCAGCGACGCCUAUUCCCAGACCCGCCUGGAUGCGCAGUGCGUGCUGCGGCGUUGCAUCGACAAGGCCGAAACAGUGCAGCGGAUCAUCUACGUCGCCACAGUGGAGGCAUUCCAUGUAGCUAAAAUGGCAUUCAGACAUUUCAAGAUUCGUGUGAGGAAAUCAUUGACACCAUCUUAUGCAGGGUUGAAUGACUUUGAGGACACAGUCUCCGAUUAUAUCAUUUGCCAUCUUGAUCUCUACGAUUCCCAGAGCAGUGUUAAUGAUGUGAUACGAGCCAUGAAUAUCAACCCCAAGAUUUCAUUCCCUCCUGAAGUUGACUUUUGCCUCCUCAGUGACUUCAUCCAUGAGAUAUGUUGUAUUGCCUUUGCAAUGCAGACUUUAGAGCCACCACUAGAUAUUGCAUUUGGGGCCGAUGGAGAAAUUUUUAGUGAUUGCAAGUACCGUCGCAGCUACGACUCUGAUUUCACUGCUCCCUUGGUCCUCUACCACGUGUGGCCUGCUCUCAUGGAGAAUGACAAUGUCAUUAUGAAGGGAGAAGCUGUCACCAAGAGAGGGGCUUUUUGGAAUUCUGUGCGAUCCAUACGUCGGUGCCGAAGCAGGAGUUUAAGUCCCAUUUGCCCCCGCACCCAUAUUGGUUUAAGCACGAUAUCUCGAAGUCGAAGCCCUUCUCCAAUAAGAUGUGGAUUGCCAAGAUAUUAAAACCACCAGGCAUGUUCUCUUGUCACAGCACAUCUGCAGCAACCCAGCCUCCCCAGUGCCUCCAUCUCCUGCUGUGUUCACCUCAACUCACUUAGGAUAAUGUGAGAAGGCAAUUCUGUGUAUCACUCCAUGCAGAAAGUUAAAUGUUUUGGCUUAGCACAUCUGUAACUUAUGUAUUGCAUUUUAUUUUAUUUUAUAGAUACUAAUUCCAUUAAUUUGAUAAAAGAGAUUGCAUAGGUAUUUAGGAUCUUAUUCAUUUGAAGCAAAGUCCAUUUACGUAGGCUCAGGAUUUUCAUCCUGAAAUACUAGACUCUUUUACAGCAACUACACAAGCUAAAGUGGAAAAUCUUUACUAUGCUCAGUCCAGAAAACAAGAGGAGUCAUUCUAGUUUGCCAGAUCACAAAUAUUAUAAUUGCUGGAAUUAGCUUUAAUUUGAAAACAAUAUUGGGUGUUUUACUUUUCUUUUACUGUUUGGAAGGCAGCCCUCAUCUCAGGUUGGGGAGCCCCGCGGUGGCAGUGACUUCAGGCUAAGUGCCAACGGAGCUGAUUUAAGAGAACAGAGUUCCUUGGCUUGCUGCUCUUUUCCUACUUUGUGAAGACCCAGUUUGGUUAAGUCGGGUACCAUAUAUUGAAGCUACUUACUUGAGAGUUUUCUUGCUUCAUAAAUGUGGAGCAAUGAUUUGGAUAGAAGUCAGCUUUGAGAUAAAUGUUAAUUACUUUGUGUUUAUCUCCUGGGAUGAUCCAUACAGUUUUUAUGUACGUGUUAAACAAAAGCUACCUGGGCGUGCCCUUUACCUAUUCCACCUAGUUGUUUACAAAUUCAGACCUCCUAAGAACUCCAUCUAACUAAAAAAAACCUAUACUCAAGGCUUAAAAUUAGGGGAACAAUUUAUUGAUUUUAAAUUGACUGUCUAUCCCUUGAUUUCCUCACUUUGAAAUACUGUUGAAAAAGUUCAAGUUCAAAAUAAUAAUGGAAUGUGGCUUUCUCGAGACAAGUAAUGUUCUUUCUGCUUUUUUCCACUUUAAUGGCCAGCUUUAAACAUAAGCCUCACAAAUGACUGCUUUCACUGUGUACCUUUUAGAGAGAAUAUCUGAAUUGGCCAUAGCUCGGUUUGCAUAAGCUCAGUGCCAAAACUAGCAUCUGAGGCUUUUUGGGUGAAAAAAACAAACAAACAGAAACACUUCUCUGAAGUAUGUCCUCCCUUGUUCUGGGAGCUAGAGACCAGGGAAGAGACCUCUUCAGUUCCGGUCCCUUGCGUCUAAUAGUCACCAACUCCUUCCAAAGUGUGAGGUUAAUAUUACUCCCUCUGUGCCUUUAUGUCAUCACAAGCUGGGAGGAGAAUUUGGUGCACAGGUAGUCCAGUUCCAAACUUGGUCGUCAGCUUGCUUCUUGGGUUUGAGCAGGUUAUGCAAUCUCUUUGGGUGAGAUCUGUGGUUCUCUCAACCUUCCUAGAUUCAAGGCCCCCUUUUAUAAGAAAUGCUUAAUUCCAGCUAUUCUGAAAUAAAAUUCACAGUUAGUAUGAAAUAUAUGCAUAUAUAUAUUUCAACAAUGGAUAUAGUACUGUAACUAAUACAAAGCAGAAAAAAAGGGGAACACUUAAAUAAAAUGUAUUUCAAUGAAAAAAGUUAAGUAUAACCAUCCUAAGGGAUAAAAUUAAGUCAUCAGGUGCUUGUACCUGUUUGGAGAAUCAUGAGCAACAAAUGCACAUCAGAUGUGUGUUUCACUGGCAACAUCACAAACAAUGUUGUCAUUGGGUAUGGUUUUCUGAAAUAGUGAACAACUCUUCAUAAAGUUUUGAACAAAAAACUUAGCUAUGCCUUGAUUUACCUAGUAUGUGCAUUCCUGGAAAAGUCAGAGUACAUUAAAACCAUGCAACAGUUACUUUGCAUUAUGUUAAAAGGUCUUUUCUAAAAUCUCACUAAGUAAUGGGAAUGCCUACAUGUCAGAAUUUUUUUUUUUAAGGAGUUAAAUGUCUGAAUACAUGCCCUGAUUUGGAAAAAAGUCACACGUAGCUCAGUUCAUUUGCUUUGUACCCUGUCUGGCCACUUGCCAUUUCUCAAGUCUCUGAUUUGAACUGUAACCACAAAGGGAGUGGCGAAUAGUCAAGAAUAAUUUUUGGAAAGGAUCCACAAAACCCAAGGAGGCUGACCUGUACUUACUUCAUCUGGGUGUGCAUCUUAACAUUAAUAAUUUGAAAAUGAAAAGCUCUUACUUCAUAACCUGGAUAAAAGUCAGUUUCUGUAUUACCUGUGUAACAUCUAAUAAUAAAGUCAAGAAAAAAUGUG